AUGGAGGCCACCCUGCGCAGCGACGAGGCGCUCCCCAUAUUUGAGUCGGCCGCGGAGCGCUUCAAGGAGGUCACCUGCACGGGCCUGCUCAACUGGGGCAAUGUGUCUGUCUGUGUGGCCCACAAGCUCCUUGAUGAUCUGGCGGACAGUGGCGCUGAUCUGGGCGACGAUCUGGCCAAGAGGGCCGAGGAGGCGUUCACCAAAGCCGAGGCGCGCUACAAGGAGGCCCUCGGGUUCCACCCCGACUACUUUGACGGCCUCUGCGCCCUCGGCCAGCUCGAAUUCGAACGCGCCAAGCUGCGCGCCAAGCUCAUCGUCAAGCCCACCCCCCCUCCGCCCGCCGCCGGCACCGGCGCCGGCGCCGACGCGGACGCGGAGCGCGCGGCGGUCGAGGCCGCGGCCGCGGCGCAGGCGGAGGCGCUCAGGGCGGCGCUUGCCAAGGUGAAAAAGGAGGAUGUGGAAGCCGCGCGGGCGCACAUGGACACGGCUUCGGGGUGGUACAAGAAGGCAGUCGCGGCGGCCGAGGCCGCCGACGCGCGGCGCCUGCAGGAGCAGGAGCGGCGCGCGGCGCGGCGCGCGGGCAAGGAGCAGCAGCAGGCCGCGGCCCCGGCCACGCCGGAGCCGCAGGCGACGUUUGCGGCGCAGACGCGGAUCAUGGAGGGGAACGCGCUCUUCGAGUGGAGCCAGCUGCUGGCCGCCGCGGGCGCGGCCGAGUGGCGCGGCGUGCUGGAUUCGGCGGUCGCACUGUUCAAGGCCGCCGCCUGCAGCGACGCGGACGUGCGGGGCGCGCUCAAAAACCACACGCACGCGGCGGAGCUCGACCUCGGGCCUGAGCCCGCCGAGCAGGAGCAGAGCGCGGCGGCGGGCGGCGAGAAGCAGGGGGAGAAGGGCGAGGGCAAGGGCAAGGAGGAAGAGAAGCCGGCGGCAGCAGCCAAGGGGCUGCCAUCCCUCGAUAAGAAAAAGAAGAACAAGAAGUGA